CAUUCAGUGACAGCAAACAAGGGCGCAGGGUUACGUAGCAUACGUGACGUGUGCACGUGCUCUUCUUGUUAUCUUUCCUUGUUGGCUUUGGGCCAGACAUGAGGCGGACUUGGGAGUCGAAGGACUUGUGAAAUACAGGCAACACCGUUUCAUGUGUAAUAUUACGAUAUAGCCUGCUAACAUUGUGUUAUUUAUGGUAACUUUCGACAAGAAGAGCUCAACCUACGAACUACCUGCUCUUCAGAGCCAGAGGUGUUGAAUUUUCAUUACAGCGCUGUGAAGAUGCGUAAGCAACUGACUGCAAGAUAAAGCUCAACGAAUAGUUUUGAUGCAGCUGGUGAUGUCAGCAUGAGGUGGACAUUUGUUGCUAUGGCAACCAAUACGCGGGAAUAAGUUACCUUUUGGGCUACCAAGAGCCGAUACUCGAUGUCUCUGAAGCUGCUCUCACACGAUGGCUCCGUGUCCACGUAAAUUGAUCUUUAAUUUGUGCUCAGCUUCAAAGACCAGGGAUAGACGGAGAUUUGAGUUAUUCAACAUAUUUAGAUAUUGAAAAACCACCUUCGUGUUCACUCUCAUUAAUUAAUUGGAUUGUUUAUGAAAUGAAGUUAAAGCAACGUCUAAUAGGGGGAGUUGUUCUGGCUUGUGUUGUAACGCUAGUGGUGCUAAUGGAAACAAAUCUACGGGAAACCACGAUACGUUUUAAUGUCGCUGUUAACUCUGAAAAUGUUGUUUCUUCACAUGAACUCAAUAGUGAUACUCAUGCAACCCUUCAUAGACGGUUUAUAAAAAGGAAAAAAGAUAACCAGGUUUCAAGGGAGACCAUAUACACUACCGGCAAUCGAAGUCCACCUUCAAACGCCAUAGGUAGUACAGAGGCGCAGUUGUAUCCUUCUGAAACUGUGAAGACGCCGACGGACAACACCGAACAAGAAGAAUUUAAAUUAAGUAAUACUGAAGUAGAGGAUUUGUCAGACCUGUUAAACCUAGUGGCCAGCUCUUCCCUAAGAAAAGACUGGAUCAGAAGGCAGUGGUAUCAAAACACGUUCAACCCCACUCUGGCGGACUUGUUAGGGAUCACUUCCAAAUACAGUAGGAAAAAUUUUACAGACUGGGAAGUGUUUCAUCUAAGCAUCAGUCAGAAUGAACUAUAUAAAAGUGAUGAUCCGAUUGUGGACGAUCUUCUCAGUGACAUGGCUAACAUGCCAAUUGUUCAUGUUGAGCAAAAAGAGGGCGGGACCCAGCUGAAGCUGAUAAUUGAAUACGACAAUGGAGAGGAAGCCUUGUUUAAGCCAAUGAGGUUUCCUCGGGAUCGAGAGACUGAUCCUAAUCAUUUUUACUUUGUGGAUUUUGAAAGACAUAACAGUGAAAUUGCUGCUUUUCACCUUGACAGGUUGCUAGGAUUUAACAGGGCACCACCAGUGGUUGGAAGGAUAUUAAAUAUUACUUCAGAGAUAUAUGCUCUUGCCGAAAUGGACCUACUAAAGACGUUCUUUAUCUCACCAGCCAACAACCUAUGUUUUCAUGGAAGAUGCGGGUACUACUGUGACACCGGUCACGCAGUCUGUGGUCAUCCAGACACACUGGAAGGAAGUUUUGCCGUUUUUCUUCCACCAAAAGGCCUCGCUCCUAGGAAAGCUUGGCGUCACCCAUGGAGGAGGUCAUACCACAAACGGCGAAAAGCAGAAUGGGAACAAAAUGAUGACUACUGCAAAGUGAUCAGGAAAAAAAUACCUUACAAAGAAGGUAGACGGCUAGCAGAUAUCAUGGACAUGGCUGUCUUGGAUUUUUUAAUAGGAAACAUGGACAGACAUCACUAUGAAACAUUUAAAAUAUUUGGAAAAGACAGUUUUCCGUUACAUUUGGACCAUGGACGAGGGUUCGGAAAGCCCCAUUAUGAUGAGGUUUCAAUCCUCGCUCCGAUAUACCAAUGUUGUCUCAUUCGUCAGUCUACUCUGAUGAGAAUGUUGGAGUUGUAUCUGGGGCCAGAGAGACUCAGUGGCCUCAUGAGGAAGUCACUAAGUAAGGAUCCAGUUAACCCUGUUUUAACGGAAGCCCACUUAUUAGCCUUAGACCGGCGACUUAGAAUAAUAUUGGACGUCAUCCGCGAUUGUUUACAAGAAAAACGACCCGACGAAGUGAUCAUCUACGAUGCUGACUGACGAAAACGCCGACGUAGUGCUUGAUAAGCUGAUAAUAAUAAAAAGAAAGAGGACAGAAAAUAUGUCCUGUCAUGGGUAGUUGGGCUUUCCUAUACAUUUUGAAGACAAGUUAUUAACACUCGACGUGGACAGUGCCAGAGAAUCAUGUGCUUAGAUGAGGAAGCUAGUUAGGAAAAUAGUAGCAAUUACGACAGCUGAUGUGUUUCUGUUCCCAUUGUUGAAUGUUGUCAAGUUUAUUCCAAAAAAAUAUGAGUGUUAUUUUUAAAUAUACUGUUGUUUCAGUUGCUGAUGUUGAAUAUAUAUAUAUAUAUAUAUAUAUCCUUAGGCUUAGGUACUUUGAUUUCUUCUUUGUGACAACCACUAAUGCAUGAGAGAAUUGCAAUAUUUAAAAAUAAUCACAGGCUGAUAGCUUUGCUUUUUCAACGUUUAGUAUUAUUUAAUAUAUUUCAUUUAUUAUCGGAGUACAAACUGUUUCUUUCGUAACAACAGACGGAAGUACAAAGUAAAAGAGACAAGCAAGUAUUUAUAUGUUAAGUAUUAAACUACGUAUUUAUUCACAACUUGUAGAUAAUACACCAUUGAGCUACAGCAUGCACUUAGAACGUAUAUCAUAUAAAUAUGUUGCUUGAAACGUUUAGUUACUUCAAAAGGUGAAUUUAUUUUAAAAUCAAAACUUUCGUUUGCAUCUUGGAUAUAGGAGAAUAAGAUAUCUACAACCUCUUAAUGUUCUUUAUAGAUCAACAGAAAACUAGAGCAGAGUAAUUUCUAAUUAGUUCCUAAUAACACAGGCCUGCGAUUUUAAACUUCAUAAAAGUUGUCUUGAUUCUAAUAACGGAUUUUCUAUA